AUGGAGGUUGAUGGAAAAUUGGUGGUAGCUUCUGUUUCAGAGAAUUUACCUGCAGGUAUGAAGAAUUGUGAAGACCUAGUAGUGGGGUUUUUUGUUGGGAAACAUUUAUCCUUUUCAGCUGUAAAAUUAGGUGUGAGCAAGAUGUGGAAACUAAAAUCAGAGGUGAGUAUCAAGCUUCAUGGUGAUUGUGCUUUUAUUUUUAAGUUUUCUGAUGCAGAAGAUCGUAAGAAAGUUCUUGAAUCUGGUUCUUUCUAUAUCACUAAUACUCUUUUCACUUUGAGACCAUGGACCCAUUUAAUUGAAAAAUCCAUAGCUGAUAUCAAAACUGAUCCAAUUUGGGUCCGUAUAUAUGGAGUUCCGCUACAUAUGUGGAACGAAGAUGGGUUAAGCCUGAUUGCUAGCUAUUUAGGUAAGCCAAUUUUAGUCGAUGACUGCACCAUUAAGCAAUCCAUGUUGUUGUAUGCUAGAAUUUGUAUUGAAAUUGAUUUGGAUUUCUCAUAUCCUACUAGCAUUGCUUUAUUUAUUGAUGGUAAGUUUUCUUUUGACCUUCCUAUUGAGUACCAAUGGAAGCCUCAGAAAUGCGAAAAAUGUAAGGUAUUUGGCCAAUCGGUGAAGAACUGCUUAACUAAAGUGAAGUCUAGGUGGGAGACAAAGGAAUAUACUCAAUUGAAAUCUAAGUCACGGGUAAUGAAUGGAGGUAAUUGUGGUUCUUCUCAGGAGUCCCCUACUAGUGUAGCCGAUGAAGAAUGUGAAAACAUUCCUUUAGUUUCAAGUCAGGGAGAACUAGAUGUUGUAAACAAAGGAGGAAACAAUGUCAAGGAAAUAGCUUCAACAAGUGACAGGGAUGCUUCGGUGGAACAAGUUCCAUUUGCUAGUCAAACUAAGUUGGUUAGGUGUGAUGCAAAAAAACCUGGUAAAGGAUGUUAA